AUGGCGGCGCCCAAUGAGGGGCAGACGUUUGCUACGGGGGUUGAAAAAACUUGGGGUGCAGUCGUUCGCUCCCCAGAAGGAACCCCCCAGAAAAUUCGGCAGCUGAUAGAUGAGGGGAUUGCCCCGGAAGAGGGAGGCGCGAACGCGAAGGACACAUCCGCCACAUUCCAGUCAGCCAAUGGAUCACCCCAGGCCGAACAACCUCCCUUGGAAUCUACAAGCAAAGAAGCCUUCUUUAGCAGAGUGGAAACAUUUUCUAUAUCCUUUUUUAGUUCACAUGAGUUGCACCUUCUACCCACUCCUGGAAUUCGUUUUGUGGGGAGCUUCUUUGAAAGUAUAAAUAUCCCGUGCUUCCUGAAACUUUACGAGAAGUUCUGUUUCUGGCCAGACAGCCCCUCUCCAGAUCGAUUUGGGAUGUUGCCAUUGGAUGAGCCUGCUAUUCUUGUUAGUGAAUUCCUAGAUCGUUUCCAAAGCCUUUGUCACUUGGACCUCCAACUUCCUUCCCUGAGGCCGGAGGACUUGAAAUCUAUGUGCUUGACAGAAGACAAGAUCAGUCUUCUCCUGCACCUGCUCGAAGAUGAACUUGAUCAGCGAACUGAUGAGAGAAAAACUACAAUCAAAUUAGGCUCAGAUAUCCAAGUCCAUGUCACUGCCUGUAUUCUCUCUUUGUGUGGCUGGGCAUGUAGUUCUUCUCUGGAGCCCAUGCAGCUCUCCCUGAUAACAUGUUCCCAGUGUAUGAGGAAGGUGGGACUCUGGGGCUUCCAGCAGAUUGAGACAUCCAUGACUGACCUGGAUGCGUCAUUUGGCCUAACCAGCUCCCCCAUCCUAGGCCCUGAGGGGCGGUCAGAGCGCUUCCCACUGGUGCCUGAAUCCCCUCGGAGGAUGAUGACCCGAAGCCAGGAUGCCACUUUUUCCCCAGGCUCAGAGCAGACUGAGAAGAUUCCAGGUCCUAUUGUCUCCCGAACUCGGAGCUGGGACUCUUCCAGUCCUGUUGACCGUCCUGAGCCAGAGGCUGUUAGCCCCACCACCAGAACCCGCCCAGUGACCCGAAGCAUGGGAACAGGAGACCCCACUGGCCUGGAGGUACCAUCUAGCCCUCUGCGGAGAGCCAAGCGAGCUCGCCUCUGCUCUUCCAGCAGCUCGGACACAUCUUCCCGAAGCUUCUUAGAUCCCACCUCUCAGCAUAGAGACUGGUGCCCCUGGGUGAAUAUCACACUUGGCAAAGAAUCCAGGGAGAACGGUGAAACUGAGCCAGAUGCCAGCACCCCCACACAGCCAGGCUGGAAGGCAGUGCUAACUCUCCUUUUGGCCCACAAACAGUCUAGCCAGCCGGCUGAAACAGACUCCAUGAGUCUCUCUGAGAAAUCAAGGAAGGUAUUCCGAAUAUUCCGGCAGUGGGAAUCCUCAUGUUCAUCCUGAAGAUGUUCCAGCCCCUUCCUGGAGAGAACUGGAAUGAGUGACUUUUUGUUUUUUGGUUUUUUGUUUUUGGCGGCUGGCUGAUAUAUGGAUCCAGACCCUUGACCUUGGUUGUUACAAGGCUUCACUCUAACCGACUGAGCUAACCAGUCUGCCCACGAGUGACUUUUUGGAAAAUAAAGUCUGAAUUCCUUUUGGUCAGCUGAUGUUAAACUUUUCUCCAUUCUGGUUUCACAAAAGGAACCCGAGCCAUUGCAAAGGCAGUGAUUGUCAACCAUCUGCAUCUGACUGAGGGGAGACCCUUUUCCAUGCGGGGAUGUGGACGGGUAAGGCACAGCAAGUCCAGUUCUGUUCAAGGAACACGGAGCUAUGAUACUAGAUGAAGGACCAAGGAUUUGAGCACCCAUCUCAGCAUCUGUAGUGUGGGGCAGUGUUCUGAGGACUCCUCUAUCCCAGGAAUAUGACAGGAUGUGUUAAUAAAAUAUUUACUAAGAUUCUUA